AUGAAGUACACCACCCCAACCCUCUUGGCCAUUCUCGCCUCCGCUUCGUUUGCCUCUGCUGCUCCAACUGCCGUCAACUUUGAGUCCCAAACCACCACUUUGGUGAAGAAGGACGAGGUUGCCAACGCUCUUUCCAUCUUGGACGAAAUUGCAUCUCUCAACCAAAAGAGAGACCUCAUUGAGGACGAAGGUGAGCUCCACGAGCUCUCGAAGCGUGCCGACAACCUUUUGGGCCAGCUUCUUUCUGCCUUGUCUUCUUCGGGCAUCAUUGGCGAUGUGUGGAACAUUUUGACCACCGACCAGCAGCUCAAGAGCGUUUUGGGCGACUUGAUCAAAUCUGCUGUCCAGGGUGCCAUCACCCACGGUCCGGCGUUGAUCAAGGCUGUGUGGCAGAGUGGUCUUUUGCAGAAGGUGUUCUCUGACAUCUGGAACUCUCCAGAGUUGAAGAGCGCUCUUUUCAACGUGGCCAAGGCUAUCUUCUCCUCGGGCUUGAACUUGUUGAAGGCUUUCCUUGCUAACAGAAACAACAACAACAACGGCCAGCAGAAGAGAGAAGCUGAGGCCGCUGCCAUUGAGGAAUUCAACUUCAACCCUGACAUGUACUACGACAAGAGAGACCUCUUGGACGUUGCCCAGACCGUGGUGACCGCCAUCAAGAACACUGGCAUUGUCCAGAACUUGGUGAAGAAGGCCCUUGCUGACCCUCAGGCCUCCAUUUCUUUCUUGACCAACGCCUUGAAGAACGGUGUUGUUGUUGCCAAGGAUAUCUACAACUGGUCCAAGGACAAUGGCUUGUUGCAGUCUGGUCUUGACUUUAUCAAGAAGAACGGCACAACCUUUGCCAAGGACAUUGCCAACUUCUUGGGUGGCAAGAUUGCUAACGGUGAGGCCUCUGUCAAGGACAUUGACGAUGCUGACGCUGGUACUUCUUCGGGUACCUCGACUGCUUCCACCAAGAAGCUGAAGAGAGACUUCGGUCCAACUACACUUGUGCAGAAGAGACUUUACUAA